AUGGAGGUCCAGUGGCUUAGGGAUCCAGUGUCAAGCCUAAAGGCUACGGGGAGAGAAGAAAAGCCAUUGUGCCUUCACCUCCACACCCCUGAACCCUCGACCCCUCAAUCCUGCCCUGAAGCUGAGCUUAGGAACAUCCCAGAUGCAGGCACGACAGUCCUCGAUGAGGUGCUUAGGGGAUGGUUCCUGGCAAUUUAUCAGCUUUCUGCAGUUUCUGGUGCUGCGAUUCUCCCCGAGAAUGUUCCAGAUGGCGUGAAGAGCAAUGUCAAAGAGCUAGGAGCAGCCAUGGAUGCCGAUGUGUUGGCGACUCUCCUGCUUGACAGCGACAAGGGCGGGGACUGGCGACCCUGCUUGCAGAGACUGCGUAAUACCCGGCUGUCUGCAAUCAUGUCAGACGCGCUGAACUGGACCACAAUCUUUCCAGAUGGGGUGACAGAGCGCACCGGGAUCCCCACAAUGGAAAGCAAGGCGCGUGUGAUUGAUUUCUUCGCCAGUGACUCUUUUAAAGAAUGUGGGAGCUGGUCGAAUGCUGAGCUCACUGCCGCCGAGAGCUUGAUUUCUCGGGACCCCAAGCUCUCUCGAGUGUUUGAAAGGAUCGAGAAGGUCAAAAACUCCAUCGCGGAGAACAUCCGCGGGGCAUCCUUUGCCCCCAUCAUUGGACUGGUUAUUUUGGUGGCUGCCGUUGUUUUCCUCUGCAAUGGCCUGAGUUCAGGUCUCGGAGGCGGCGGUGGCGGUUCCAACCUGAUACCUGAUCAGUCUCAGUUGCAAGACCUACCCCUGGUGGGACUCCAGAAGUAG